GUUAUGCAUUAAGUAGGCUCAAUUGUAACUUAUAGAGACAUGUAACUCAAUUACGCAUCUAGCUAGGCUUGUGUUCACAGCUUGCAUGCACCUGGCCGAGUCGCAUCGUGUUGAGACAAACACAGGUGCUCGGAGCUUCGGACAAGCGCUGCAUAACUGGAAGGGACUCCGUUUUAACAAAAUCGUGUUGGAGCAUAAAAAACCACCUCGCUUGCAAGGAGCGAAGUACAUUACUGUAGGACGAAUGGAUGGUGUUGCAGCAGUGCGGACACAGCAGCGCGCUGCGGCAUCAAUUGUAUCGACGCCUUUUCAUUUGGGGCCUCAAGUUGGUGUUCGACAGCUGGUCCCCUCAUGCAUCUGCAUUGCUCGGCCAGCCCAAACUCCAACUCAUUCCAUUCAUCGGUGCAUCCUCGUACAGCAUCCCCGCCGCCCUAGCAGCAGCACCGUCGCCGCAACACCCUCAGCUCACGGCCUAGCCUCGGGAUUGCGCUGGGGUUUGGGUUGGAAGCGGCCGUUGUGGCGCGACACUUCUCGCAUACCCGAAUCACCCUCGCUCACAGCUGUGGGCCAGGGACUGCGACAGCUGCAGCUGUUGCAACAUCAGCAAUGCCGUACGAAAUUUAAAACCAUUCUGGCGUCCGCACAUUCGGAUUCUGAGAGUGCUGGCACUAAUACGGACACAUCUGAUGAGACGGAUCCUCAGCAGAAGCAGGAACAGCCAUCAGUACAACUGCAAGGAGGGGAAAACGGAGAACAAUUAGUUCUGCAAAAUGCAUCCUCAGCCGGGCAGCAGCAACCACUGACGGCUGACCUGUCGCCCUCCCCUUCACAGCCUUCCUCCUCCGCUUCAACCGUACUUUGCCGUAUAGUUGUCCCAGAAAACCCUGCCUUACCUCUCGGCGAUAGCGAGGAUGGUGAACCGUCGGAGGGCUCAACCUCCUCAGCCCAGUUGUUGUUAGUUGGCAGUUGUCAGGAGUUGGGCAACUGGACACCAGAGCAAGGGCUGCUGCUGACGCCUGCCGCUUCAAUUGCUUCAUCAGCGAGUAAGCCCAGUAGCAGCAACAGCUACACUAGCGGUGACAGCGAUGGCAGCAGCAGCAGCGGCGGACGCGGCGGCUGGGUCGGCGAGGUGCGGCUGGAUCUGGCCUCCGAGGUGACAGCCAAGUUGGUGGUCCUCCGCGCCAGCACGCGGCAGCAGGGCUCCGCUGACCCCAGCCUCAGCCCCGAGUGGGAACCGGGGGGCAACAGGAUCAUACGCAUGCCUAGUGAGCCUGGGCUGGCUACUACUGCUGCUGAGGGUGGCAAUAGCGGCAGUAGCAGCAGCGGCAGUAGCAGCAGCAGCGGCAGUAGCAGCAGCAUGGGCUCGAUGCUGGUAGAGGUGGAAUGCCCCUGGGGCCAGCCGGAGUCCACCCGCACCCACUUCAUCCCGCAUCAGGUGGGGACGGAGGCGCCUGCUGCUGGGGGUGCUGGCGGGGAAGGGGAUCCGGACCGGCAGCAGCAGGAGCAUCAGCGGCAACCAGCAGCAGGCUCCCUCCCUCCAGGGGCCCGGGCGACAACACCUGCAUUAACACCAACAACCGCCGGCAGCAGCGCUGCCAUUAGCGGAAGCGGCGGUAGCGGCCGCAGCGGUAGCGGCUCUUCCAGCGGGCAUGUUGGCAAUCUGGAGCUGCUGAAACGACAGCAGCGACUGUCCGCGCAGAUCGCCGAGCUAAAGACAUCCACAGCAGCCAGGGCAGCGGCAGCCGCAGCAACAACAGCCGGCAGGGCGCCAGCGGCGGUACCGAAGGCGCCACCGCUGCCGUACCCUUCUGGAUCAGGCGGCGGUGAUACCGUCAGCGCUGGCAAGCCGGCGGCGGGUGGUAAUGCGGACGAUGAGGUGGCGAAGCUGGCAGCUGAGCUGCACAGCCUGAGGGGCCAGCUGGAGGCGACGGAGGCGGAGAUGGCGGCGGCGCGGGCGGCGGCGGCGGACAAAGAGGCGGCGGCGGCGGAGCUGCAGGAACGGCUGGCGGAGGCGGCGGCGAGAGAGGCGGAGCGGACGCAGGAGCUGCAGGCCCUGCGCUCGCAGCUGUCAGACGCGCUAGCUCGCUCGGGCGCUGCCGCCGACGCCUCCGCAGCUGCCGACUCGCAAGCCGCCGCCACCGCCGCCGCUCUUCGAGAGGAGCUGCAAACCACAAAGCAGCUCUACGAGACCACCCUGGCCGACCUAGCCGCCGCCAACUCCAUCAACGAACGCAGCCGGGCGCUGCUGGCCCAGCUGGAGCAGAACUUUGCAGCGGCAUCCGCGCAGUACGAGGACACGCUAGAGCUGUUCGACCGGCGUGUGUCGGAGCUGACGGGCCAGCUGGAGGCGGCUGAGCAGGGCCGGCAGCAGGAGGUGGGGCAGCUGGAGGCAGCGCUGGAGGAGACACGCAGCGGGCAGCAGCAGAUCCUGAACCAGAUCCAGGAGAACUUCCUGGCGUCCUCGCAGCAGUACGAAACAACACUCACGUUGUUCGACAAACGGGUACUGGAACUCGAGGAGGCGUUACAGGCGGCUGACUCGCGGCGGGGUGAGGAGGUUGCGGCGCUGGAGGCGGAGCUGGAGGCUGCCCGGCAGGCGCAGUCGGCGCUGCUGGGGGAGCUGGAGGAGAGCCUCACAGCCACCAGCCAACAGUACGAGGCGACGUUGAAGUUGUACGAGGACAAGAUCCAGGAGCUCAACGAGCAGUUGGCCGCCGUACAAUCCGAGUACGACAGUCGCAUCGAGGACCUCAAUGACACCCUUGCACGCGAACAGGCCUCUCACCGCGCCGCUGCCGCCUCCUACUCCUCCCAGCUUGCAGAGCUGCAAGGGCAGUUGCGGGCGGCGGGG